AGGAAUGAUGUGAAAUAUUGAAUGGAAGCAAUCUGUCAGUGCUUCGUUUUUUUUUUUUUUUUUUUGGUCCCAGAAGUUGCACUACUAAACUCGCUGGGGUGAUUUAUUUUUGUUGUAGUUUACAAACAAACAUCACUGAGACAAUGGAUUUGUUAUGGAAGAAAGCAGCAUUGCCUACAAUUGAAGAUUUUGCUAAAGAUCUCAUGGUUAAGAAAAAUUUGACUGCUGAGUUGGGUCGAACUAUACGUGUACUUCAAGAGGAAAAUUUAGGUAAAGCUAUUAUUAUUGACGACGAAGAAUGCGUAAAUAAUUUUUGUUAUGCUUUGGAGGCAAUAUUCAUACAUGGCUUGAAGUAUAAAUUGUCAGCUAAAGUAUCUUCUGUAUUCGGAAACAACAGUGAAAAAAUGCCGGAACCUGAGUUCUGGUCAGUUGUGUGCGAUUUUAGUCACAAAAAUGUUAUUCUUGAUAUAAAAAAUCUUAGUCAGAUUACUACUGAUGUUGGCCGAAGUCGAGCUUGGUUACGAAUAGCUUUGAACGAUGGUUUGAUAGUUAGCUAUGUUAGUGCUAUGCUGUCUGAUAAAUCUAAAUUACAGAGAUAUUUUACUCCUAAUGCAUAUUUAAGAGAUGAGGAACAAUCAGAUAUCAUGAAACAAUUGUUGGAGGGUACGAAUGUAUUUCAUUUUGAGUUGUCUUGCAAUAAUAGUGCUCUAAAUGUGUGGAGUUGUUGUCCUUUGACUCUUGCCGAUCUUUGGACACCUCCUGUAUCUGCACAACCUGUAAUGCCAGCGGUAGACGUGAUUGACUUUUUCACUGACCAAAAAAAUGUGAUCAAAAACUCUUCAAAAAAUUCUUCCCCCAGUUUGAAAACAAAGACAGAAGCUGUUGCAGCACGUACAGAUAUUACUGUUGCACAUUCUUCUCAACAAUUUUUUUCAGAAUCAGACUCACAAGAGAUGCAAAAAAGUACGGAGCUUGAAGAAACAAAUAAUUUAAAAUCUCUUACUGAUUGGGAAGAUGUAACUAAUCUCAGUGAAAAAAACGGCGAGAACAACAGUUCACAUAAUGCCGAAAAUAUUCUGAACGAGGAAGGUAUAGCAGAUGAGUUAUCUGCUCUGAAGAACUUAGAGGUAUCUGACAUUCAUAAUUUAGAUGAGACAAGCUCUAAGAUCUCCUCUUCCGAUUCUGUUCCUGAUUUUGGCUUAGAAAUUAUUGAAAAUAUUGCUGAAUCAAGUCAUGUUGGCUCUAUGGGUAACAAGCUGAAUGAAAAGUCUGGUUGGUCAUCUGAAUUUGAUUAUGAAAGCAUUCAGAGAGAUUGUGAAGCUGACCAAAGUUAUGAUUCAUUGCUGCAAAGCUAUAACAAAAAUCUGAGUAAAGUAGUAAUUGGAACACCAGAACUGGCUGAAACAUUCUCUUCUGUUAUGGAGACAUCUGAAGAUAGUAGUUGCAAUGAUUUCUCAUCUGACACUAGAUCUCCAAACCUAGAUUUUGAAAUAAUUCCUCUGUAUUAUUCUGCUGAACAUGCUGACCAAGAAACCAAAGAUCUCAUGUCCCUUGUAGGUAAGAUUUGUCCUGAACAAGGUUUGGAUACACAGAAUUUUCAAUGUCGAGCCUGUGGGCGUCCCAUCGGCCUUGUCUAUGGUAAAGCAAGACUGUGUUACUAUGAUGGUUACAAUUAUUGUUAUGAAUGUCAUGAAAAUGAUGAAGACUUUAUUCCUGCUCGAAUAGUCCACAACUGGGAUUUUAAACAAUAUCCUGUUUCAAAACGUGCAAAAGGUUUACUGUCUAGGAUAGUUAAAAAUCCUAUGCUGGAUAUUAAAAUUCUCAAUCCUGUCAUAUACACUGCUGUUGAGGAAAUGGCUCAAGUACAGUUGUUGAGGACACAGUUAACAUUUUUGCGUUCAUAUAUAUUUACUUGCAAAGGAUCAGUUGCCGAAGACUUGAGAAUGAGACUUUGGCCACGAGAAUAUUUAUAUGAGCAUGUGCAUCUGUAUUCCAUUUCUGAUCUGUUAGAAAUUCCAUCAGGUACACUUGCUUCAACUUUGCAAAAAGCUAUUGCUUUUGCAAAGAAGCACGUAUCAGGUUGCCAGCUUUGCCUUCUGAAAGGAUUUAUAUGUGAAGUAUGCAAAAAUCCAAAAGCCAUUUAUCCAUUUGAUGUUGAAUCAACAUAUCACUGUGAAAAAUGCUUAGCAGUUUAUCAUGCACAUUGCAUGGAUGCAAAUAAGUACUGCCCAAAGUGUAUGCGGCGAAUUAAAAGACAACAGCAAUUAGAAUCAACAUCACCUAAUUAAAAGAGUUUAUAAUGCAUCUAUUAAAUCAAAGAGUAUCUGUAAUUACACAUGCAUAUCUAUUUUAUUUGUCUAAGUUGUGUUCAAAUUUUUAAUGCAAGAUACUAAAAGUUUUAUGUGUUCAUUAAUAGUUGAAAAAAAUUAUUUUUUUUUAAUUUUUAAAUGUAAAUUCAUGAUAUCAUUUAAGAAAUAUUAGAAUUAAUAAUUAUAGCAUUAUUCUGUUUUUAAUUCAUUCAUUAAAAAUUAUAUUGAAGUAGAAAUCAUAAACUUGCAUUUUACUUACCAUUUAAAUAUCUUGAAUUUCAGAAAAGAAAAGGUUAAAUACAAUACCCACUGCUUAUAAAUAUCACUUCCAUUCCAAGCAUAUUUGAGAUUAAUAAACAGGGAUUUCAAUAUUGCAAGUGAGGAUAUCAACUUUGAAUUUAUUUAGUAAGACAAUAAGUAAUAUAUAAAUUAUUAAUUAAAUAUUUAUUUAUUAUUAUCUAUUUGCCAAACUUGGAAAUUCAUCUUUCUUUCUUUUCUUCUUUUCUUCUUCUUUCUCUCUCUCUCUCUCUCUUUUUUUUUUUAAUUUUUUAAUUACAUACCUGAUGAAAUUUAAACUUUUUCAAAGAAUUUUGCAUUGGUUAUCAACAGUCCUUUCAGUUGUAUUUUCAGUUCAUAAAACUGUUCGUAGCUUUUUUAAUUACCACCUAUCAAUUAAAGAGUUCUUAAAAUUUGCAGUACUUUUUCCAAUUCAGCUGAGGAUGGCAUGUAGUGACCUUUUUCCAUAUCAAUCUCACUGUCACUUUCAGUUUCUGUAGCUCUUUUAACACUUUCUAUAAUAUUUGUAGUCAGCAUUUUCACAUGCUAUCUCUAUAUAGUCAUCAGUUGUGAGAAAUUCUGAAAACAAAUCUUCGUAAUUUCCCUCACUGAUGUUCGAAAUAAUAGAAACAGUUUGUAAUUCCUCUGUGGCAUCUUCCAAAUAAAAACCACAUUUUCUAAAGCAAUGUCUAACUGUGUUUUGGGAGAAUGCUUACCAUGCAUUGACAAUAAAGUGCAUACCUCUAGCAAAUUUAUUGACUUAGUUAUCUUCAAAGUGCUUACGUUUUCACAAGAUUGAAUUUUGUUUAUCUUUUUUUGAGUGACACCUAUUUUGUAAUUAUAUUUGAAAGAUUUUAUAAUAUCUGGGUCUAGUGACUGAAUCCCAUUUUAAAAGGAAAUCAGUAAAAAUACUGCUUGUCAUGAGUUCUUGUUAUCAUGGUAAGUUAAACGUAAAUUCUUGACUCCUCGUAAACUCGUACUCUUUUCAAUAAUCACUGGUAUCUUUUUAACUGUUGCAUCGGUACUGCACAUUAAUAACACAGUAACAGUAAUUUUUUUUUUUAUUUUAUUUUUUUAUUUCUUAAAAAACCUGCUGCGUUUAACAUUCAAACAUUAAUGCAUGCUCUGCUAAUGCUCUGUACAACAGAGCAGUUUCAUCUGUGCUAUAAAUUUUGUGUGGGCUAUAUUUUUUGGAAACCUGGCUAUUUCUCUGCCCCUUGCUUUACACCAUGUAAUUUCUGGUAAACAAUGUCAUUUAUCUCUUUAUAUCUUGUGAGCUAUCCAUCAAUUAUUGCAAAAUUUCCCCGUAACGUUUUAGCAAAUUCUACAGCUUUUGUGGUCAAAAGAGCUCUAGAAAUUAGAGUAUUUUUUAGUCUUAUAACUUAAAAUUAUUCUAGAAGAGCAAUUUCAAUGUCUCUCUCAUUGCACUUCCUUGAGACAUUUGUAUUUUUUACUACCUCUUUAUCAAUUGUAUUUCUUUGUGUAGGUAAAUUGUACAAUGUAGUUUAAGAAAUUUCCAUUUUAAAAGCUGCUUCUCUUUGACUGCAUUUACCUAAUGCAUCAUUAUCUUUUAGCAAUUUAUCUUUUUCUUUCAAGUUUAAAUCAUCUAAGCAUUUAUAACAUGUUACAUGUCACACACUAGCAAAUGAAAAGUGUUUCUUCCAGUGAUUUUUUUCAAAUACAAAAUUCCCAUUUCUUGCUAGCAGGAAGAUUGUAUUGUCAUAUCCACUUGUCACUUUUUGGUUAUUACAGGUGUAAUCAAUAUUUUCUUUUCUUUUUUCUUUCUUCUACAAUUAUCACUCCUCUUUUCUAAUCAAAAGACUGAUAAUGCAAGGAAGUACUUUAUAAUGCUUUCUGAGAACAUGCUGUAAACUUAAUGUGUGUAUCCUUGUCCAUUCCCUAUCAGUUACUGUUUGAGAAAGAGAACCAGUGCUCACUUAAACACCAGUUUACUUAAUCCUGGGAAAUACUCAUUCAUUUAAAUCAAAGAACUUGUUUCCAAUGCCUCUGGAAGUGAUCUUAAGAUAAAGGUAUUUUGUACCUCUUACACCUAGUCUGGACAGAGAGAUUUGCAAACACUAUCUGACAGGAACUAGGGAAGUGUAUCCAGCAUCCCAGGGGGACUUAGUUCUGACUACACUGGCCAAAAUUUCCACUAUAUCCAUUUUAUUGAAGCACUAUGUAACUGAAAGAUUAAUGACUAAACUACAAAUAGCUUUUUUAUGGCCACAAACAGUUUAUUCUAGAUCUGAAUAAUCAGACUUUUUACCAGUUUGAGUUUUAUAAGCGAUAGAGGUGUGUUUAAUAAAUGGGGAUUUUUCUAUUGAAUAGUAUAUAUUUAUUCUGGUUCCUGGAAAUUUGAAUUCAAUAAGCAACUUAGUGUAUUAAUCAGUGAAUUAAAUAAGUGGUGGGCAUUGUAUUCAUGUACUUUAUUAAAACGCUUUGGGGACAACAUAUUUUUUAAUCAGAACUGAAUAUAAUUUUGUAUAAAUCUAAUAUUUUUAAUAAUGUAUACUUAGAACUAAAAACAAUUUUAUUAAUGCAUAAAUCUAAUGUUUUUGUUUUAAAAUG